AUGGCCCGGUCGGAGCCUCAGAGCCGUGGGACCUCACGGGGCCUCCGAGCAGCGCUGAGGUCUUUGCUUCUGCUGGUGCUGUUCGGUCGCAGCGCGGCCUUCGAGGUGCCAACAAACCUUAACCGGGGCUCUGCCGUGGCGCCUGGCGCGCCUGGCCGUGUAAGUCAGCUCCGACCCGCGGAAGCCUCUUGGCAAGGUGCGGCGACGGAGGCGGAAGACAUCCCCUGGUCUCACGGCCUUCGGCCGCUGCUUCUCAGCCUCCUGCUGGGGCUCAGCGCCGGCCUUGCUGGCGCCAAGCCUGCUCUGGCAGCAGACCUGGAGAACGGCCAGGGCAUCUUCUUGGCAAAUUGUGCGGCGUGUCAUGCAGGUGGCAACAAUGCCGUGCAGCCUGACAAGAAGCUGAAAAAGGAGGCUCUGGAAACGUACGGAAUGUUUGAUGUGGAGCGAAUAAAGUAUCAGGUCACGAACGGCAAGAAUGCCAUGCCGGCCUUCGGUGAGCGUCUUGGCCCGGAAGACAUCGAGGAUGUCGCCAACUAUGUUAUUGAUCAAGCGAACAAAGGCUGGUCAUGA